CUGCUUUUAUUUAAAAUGUAAAACUCAUGAAAUGAGCAAUAAAAUAAAAAAAGGAUUGCCAGCAAAUGAGAACACUAUGUACAGUUGUGUUUGUGUGACAGGAAGUUGUCGCCUUAAAUCAGUGUCUACUGAGAGCUGUUUAAGAUUAGUCAUAAAAGCAAGAUGCUCAAGUUUGGAGAUUUUUGUGACCCGAAUAUGUGAAAAUGAGGUUUUAACUAAGAAAAAUGUACAUGUGGAUUGUAAUAACAUUUUAAAAGAUGCUAUAAAUGUAUAAAGAAAUUUCUACCUAAUUGUAUCUCUUAGGAUACAUUAAAAAACUGUAUUUGAAAUUAAUACAAUUCCAACUCAUUUUUGAGGAUAAUGUCAUAUAAAGAAAUCUGAUGAAAAACCUACCAUAAACUUUUUUAAUAACACUUAAAAGACCCACACUAAUGAGUUUCUGAUGUUUUUAACAUGUUCUUGUGACAUUUUUCUAAUGACGGAGGACAUAUAUCAAUAAAAUGAAGCUCAAAAUAGUGUAUUUCUUAUUCAAAUUGUUGUAAAUCAGCAGCAAAUUAAUAAAAUGUUGUUUGAAAUAGAUGAUAUUUGUGACAGAAGAUACACUACUCUGAGCUCUCAGCAAUGGCGAGGGGAAAGGGGGUGGGAUUGCCCCUCACCAACGGUGCCGCCUACAACUCUUAGGUGAGUUUUUAAUAAACUAGUGCCACUCUGCAGAAACUGUGACCAAAAAAUGACAGUUUAAAAAAAAAAGUUGGCUAAAAGCAGCAUAAUUAUAACUAAAAGACAAGUGGGAACGCUUUUAAAAGAGAUCAAAAGAUUUUGCAGUGGAUGCUGAAGUUGAAAAACUCAAGAGUUGCAGACAUUGCUUUGAAGGUACAUGAAGUGGCUUAAUCAAAAACAGGAAGCAUCAGGACAUGGGUUAAUUAUUCCUGGAAAGAACCAACCCAACCACUUACACAGGAACACGCCUUCAAAUUAAAAGCACAUGGGAACAUCAUGACUUUUUCAUGCAAAUAUUUAGAUCAAAUAUGGACUUUGGAGUUUCCCAGUUGAAGUGGAGAUAUGUUGUUUUAGGCUGAUAUCUUUUUCUUGUUACAUGGUAUUAAAGCGCCUGGGGGGGUAAAAAAAAAUGUUGGAGCUGCAGGUUUGGAACAAAUAAGCACUUUGUUCUGAACCCUUCAUUAUUGAUGUCAUGUGUUUUUGUUUCUUUUCUUUGAGUUGCUUCUUUUAGCUGAUCACAGAGAAGAUUCAGCCCAGAUGAAAACUAAAUAUUUGUUUUGCAAGGAGCUCAGGAAUGUGGAGACAGAAGGAGAGGCUCCUCCUGUGGUUUAGACCCAUAAUUAAAUGCUGAUACCGAGGCUGAUUUAUCAACAGAACGUAAUAAGCAAACUGUCCAAAAACUAAAGAUUGGACUGGAAUUGGACGUUUGGUUUAGGAAAAGAUGAUUUUACUCGUGUAGGUUUUCCGGCGUGUGGAGGCCCACAUCCUCCCUGAACAGCUGUGCUCUAACAGCAGACGUCUUGGCAGAGACCAGCAGGCUGUACUUCCCAUUCUUCGGAGGUGGAUCAUCGCAGCCGCAGGGCUGACUCAUGCACGCCUCACUUAAAAGUGCAGCGGCGUCCAGAGAAUAAAGAGUCCAGUGUUGUCUCUGAUGCACGCUGCUUCAGACUCCCCAGCUGUGGAUAUUUGGGUGAGGAUUUGGUGAUGGGCUGUGCGGGGCUCCUGGUGCUGCUGCUCCUCAGCCUCAGAGGAGCUCUGUGUGGGGUGGUACAGUGGACAGAAUUUGAGGAAGCAAAGGCGUAUUUGAGACAAUAUGGUUAUCUGAACGACCCCGUCAAUCCAGAAGAUCCGUUUUACCUGGAGGAAGUCAUUGAAGCCCUCAGAGUCUUCCAGAGGGUGAAUGAUCUGCCACCUAAUGGAGAGCUGGAUGAAGCUACUCUAGAAGUGAUGAGACAGCCCCGCUGUGGCAUGGAGGACCCCUUCAACAAAAAGCUCCACAAAUACAGAAUAAUGGGUCGCUGGAGGAAAAAGAAUUUGACCUAUCGCAUCUACAGCUACACACCUGACAUGAAGCAGUCAGAUGUGAGUGCCGCCAUCCGAUCUGCUUUCAAAUACUGGAGUGAUGUGGCGCCUCUGACUUUCAAAGAGGUUCACUACGGCAGAGCAGACAUAAGGAUCUCCUUCCAUAAAAGAGACGGCCAAUGCCCCGUCCCCUUUGAUGGUCGUGGUCAUGUUCUGGCUCAUGCAGAGUCACCAGAGUCUGGUAUCGUUCAUUUUGAUGAGGACGAGUUCUGGACAGAGCAAUCCUAUUAUGGUACCAAUCUGCGCAUCGUAGCUGCCCAUGAGAUUGGCCACGCCCUAGGCCUGGGUCACUCUCAGUUCAGAGGUGCUCUGAUGGCUCCGGUCUACGCUGGUUACCGUGCCAACUUCAGGCUGCAUUCAGACGAUGUGAAAGGCAUCCAGGCCCUGUACGGCAAACGCCUCACCAGCACGUUGGCCAGUCCAUCAUCCGCAUCCAGCCUGUUUCCCACAGAAAGCAGCUACGAACCCGAAAGCAUCCCGGAUCCCUGCACCUCCCAGCUCGACGCCAUCAUCUUAGGUCCCUGGAAGAAAACCUUUGCUUUCAGCGGUGAUUAUGUCUGGACCAUCUCUGACCUGGGCUACAACACUCCAAUGAAAAUCAGCAGACUGUGGAGUGAACUCCCUGGAAACUUAAAUGCAGCUGUGCACUCUCCAAGAACCAACAAGACAUACUUCUUCAAAGGCAGUAAAGUGUGGAGGUAUACGAGGUUCAUGCUCGACUACGGCUACCCGAAAGAGGUGAAGCGGAUCCCCCCCAACAUCGAUGCCGCCUUGUACCUGAAUUUCAACAAGAAGUUGAUCUUUCUUAAGGGAUCGGAGUACUGGCAGUUUGAUGAGCUGAAGUACAUCGACAUGAGUUUCUACCCCAAACCACUCAGCUUGAUCUUCAGAGGAGUGCCGUCGUCUAUCGACGCAGCCUUCACGUGGACAAAUGGCAAGCUCUACUUCUUUAAGGACGACGAGUACUGGAGGGUGAACGAGCUGCUGAAACUGGACAGAGGAUACCCUCUGAGCAAGAAGGAGCGCUGGAUGCGAUGUUAGUGUUCAGCCUUCAGGGGGCAGCAGAUGUCCAACGGACAUUGGAAAACAAACCUCAACAGCAGUGACUGAAUUAUCACUCCAGGGAGUUUAUUACCUUUUUAAAUGUGCAAAACUGAAUUAUUUAAGUUUGAUCUCUGGAGGAACGUAAAGCAAUCAUUUCUUUGGACAUAAGAGUUGAAUUAUGUGUUGCAAUUACAUUCAUGUGAUGAUGUUUCAAACAGCUUCCUGAGAUCAAACUUGCGCAAUAAGAAUGACUUAAUCUGUGGUCGAUCAUGUGAAAUCAAUUAAAAUAAAGGACUAUUUUGU